AUGUUGGGUUUUCUUGUCGAUGAUUUUUUUUUCCCUGAGAAAAUUGCCGUCUUGUAUAAAAAGGCCGGUGUGUUGCAUGGGAGCAUCAAAAGUAUUGUUGGCGUGGAAACAGAGCGGUGGUGCCAGUUUGUGGCUAGUUUUCCCUUCACCUUGAGGAAUUUGAGGACUCUGCGAACUGGCAGCAAGUUGGAGUUCACAAGGAGAAAGAAAACUUCAGCAGCCAAUGUACAGAUUGAUCCAUUUUGGACACGGACAAACUUGACGGGCUCUUUUUACUGUGUAUUGUUUCAAUCUAGAGUUAGAUCUAAACAAAUCAGUGAUUUCAGUAUCGAUCUUAUUCAUCGUGAUUCGCUAUUGUCACCAUUUUAUAAUCGCUCUAUCAUUUCAUCGGAGCUCUUAAGAAGAUCUGUUAUACGUUCUCUCAAUCGUGUCAACCUCUUAUCUUCAUUCGACGAGAAAGAUCUCGUGUCUACGAUAACGUCACAUGAUGGUGACUAUCUCAUGAAGAUUUAUAUUGGUUCGCCACUAGUUAAAAUCCUUGCUUCCGUAGACACUGCCAGUGAUCUCAUAUGGAUACAAUGCACUCCUUGUUAUCACUGCUACAAUCAAGAUGAACCAAUCUUUGAUCCAAAAAAUUCAUCUUCCUACAAAACACUUUGUUACGACACUAAAUUUUGCCAAGCCUUGAACAAAAAGAAGCGUGGAAACUCAGACGAGUGCAUGUACCAUGCUUCUUAUGAAGAAGGAUCAUAUAGUGCAGGAAUCCUGAGCAAUGAGACCUUCAACAUAGAUUCCACCAGCGAUGGAGUAGUUUCUUUUCCUGAAUUAGCAUUUGGAUGCGGUCACCAAAAUUAUGGCGAUUUCAAUAGUCGUGUUCAAGGUGUAGUUGGCCUCGGAAGAGGGCUCUUAUCAUUGGUUUCUCAACUAAAAACCCAGAUCGACCAUACAUUCUCUUAUUGCUUGCUUCCAAGGAAGACAACAAAUGCCAGUAAACUUAAGUUUGGAUUGGGAGCAAAGAUCCAUGGGACGAGGGUAGUUUCAACUCCAAUUGUAGACAAAGAUCCUCCUAAUUACUACCACCUUACACUUGAAAGUAUUAGCAUUGGAGAAGAUACAACAAAGACGCGUCAAAGUCCAGGUAAUAUCAUAAUAGAUUCUGGGACAACGUUGACGAUAUUACAUUCAAGUUUAUACAAUGAUUUGGAAGAAAUCAUUAGAAGAGUGAUUGGUAUAAACCCAGAAGCAGAUGUUAGUAAGAAAUUCAGUUUGUGCUAUGGAACAAGAUCGAUUGCACAUAUCAAACUCCCCACAAUGGUUUUCCAUUUUUCUGGUGCUGAUCUUCAUUUACCGACCAUAAACACAUUUAUAAGGUUUAGUGAUUUGGUUUGUAUGCUGAUAGUCCCCGAUAAUAAAACAUCGAUUUUUGGAAAUAUGGCACAAGUGAACUUUCAAGUGGAAUAUGAUCUUCUCGAGAGGAAAGUCUCUUUUGCCCGAAGAAACUGGAAGGAAGACCUUCCCACUUCUCCCUAUAUGGGACAUGACAACUGUACUCUGGAUUCGCACGCACUAGAACUCACUCUCGUCCCCCCAAACCUUGCAGAACCUGCUGCAACUGCAAGAGAUCUGGUGUAG